GUGCAGAGGCGCGCUUGGCGCGGCCUGGAGGCCGGAGCACACCGUGGCUUUCUCCUGUUCUCCGCCUCCGAGGCCGGCCUUCUAUUUUUCUGGCUUCUGUCGGUGUCGUGUGGCGACGCCCAGGAUGGGAGGCGGCAGUGUCGGUCAGGAAUGUGCCUUAGGGCUGCUGUCCUGAGGCCCCAGAGACCUGUGACCUGCGGCACAAGGUCCCCCGACGUGGACCGGUGUUGAAGUCUUUCAAGUGCAGUCCUGCCGUGUGACAGAAGAUGGAAGUGUGUCAGGAAUUGCGGAAACCAGCGAUAAGCCUGGAGUGUGGGCACUGCAGUUUCAGAGGCACCGAUUACGAGAAUGUGCAGCUCCACAUGGGCACCAUCCAUCCUGAAUUCUGUGAUGAUAUGGAUGCUGGAGGACUGGGCAAGCUGAUCUUUUACCAGAAGAGUGCAAAGCUCUUCCACUGCCAUAAGUGCUUCUUCACUAGCAAGCUGUACUCCAAUGUGUACUACCAUAUCACAUCCAAACACGCAGCCUCAGACAAGUGGAGUGACCAGCCAAAGGAGCAGCUGAGCAAAGAGACAGAGGCUGGGAAAAGCCCUUCCCUUCCUGAACAUCAGAACCCAGCCUUUGACCCAGCAGAAGUGAGGCCCACUCCAGCCCUCCCCAUAGAAACACAGAAAACUAGCCCGAGUUUGUCUCCAGAGUCUCAAGCGUCUGUUCCUCCAGUUCUGGAGCCUCAGAGCUCUGCUCCUGUUAGUUCGCCUGAGCCACAAGCCCCUUGUCUUCCUGCUGAGGCCUCAAAAACUGCUCCUGUUUCUUCCCCCGAGUGUCUAGACCCACCCUGUGAGCUGCCUGAGCUGGAGAAGCCUGAGAGAGUCCCUUCUCCUGAGUCAGUAAAGUCUGCUCUUGUCAGCUCCAAACCCCCAAAGCACUCUCCCUUUGCAGACACAGGGGCUCCGCCUUCAGCCUUGUCUCCAGAAUCACCAGUUCUGGCCACUUCUCCUGAACCUUGGGGGCCAUCCCUCACUGCAUCUCCAGAGUCUCGGAAGCCAGCGAGGACUGCCUCACCUGAGCCAAGGAAGCCAUCCCCAUCAGAGUCUCCUGAACUUUGGAAGCCAUUCCCUGCCAUCACUUCCGAGCCUCGGAGACCAACCCCAGCAGUAUCACCAGGUUCCUGGAAGCCAGGGCCACCUGGUUCUCCUAGGCCUUGGAAAUCCAGUCCUUCAGCAACAUCAGGACCAUGGAAGUCAUCUAAACCUGUUCCACCUAUGUCUCCUGGACCUUGGAAGCCAAUACCUUCUGUGUCACCUGGGCCUUGGAAACCUGCUCCAUCUAUGUCCACUGCAUCCUGGAAGUCUUCAGUCUCAUCUGGUUCCUGGAAAUCGCCACCCACAUCUCCGGAGUCAUGGAAGUCUGGUCCGCCUGAACUCCGAAAGACAGCCCUCCCCUUGUCACCUGAGCAUUGGAAGGCAGUGCCCCCUGUGUCCCCUGAGCUCCGCAGACCAGGCCCACCACUCUCCCCAGAGAUCCGAAGUCCUGCAGGUUCUCCAGAGCUCAGGAAGCCUUCAGGGUCACCAGACCUUUGGAAGCUUUCUCCUGACCAGCGGAAACCUUCUCCUGCUUCACUUGAUUUCCCUGAGCCCCAGAAAAGUUCUUGUGGUAGUUCUGAUCUCUGGAAGUCUUCCUUCAUUAUGGAGUCUCAGAAAGCUAACGUCUUCUCUGAGACGAGGAAACAUGCUGCUUCUGGCUCCUCUGAGUCACCACAGGUAGCCCCAGACAUAUGGAAGCCUGUCUUGUCUAUGGAUGCUGAGCCGAGGAAGUCCACACUGUUUCCUGAGCCCACCAAAGCAGUCCUGCCUGCUUCUCCUGAGCCACGGAAACGUGCACUUUUCCCAGAGUCCCGGAAGCAUGUACUUUUACCUGAGCUUCCCAAAUCCGCUGUGUUCUCAGAUGCCCAGAAGGCCACUGAGCUUAGUGAGGAAAUACAACUUGAAGCUGUGGAUGAUGCAAAAUGUGAUAGUCUGGUCCAGGAGGGGCUUCUGGCCACAUCCAAGAAACUGUUAGACGAUGCUUUAUCUCCUCCUUCAAAGAAGCUCAAGAAGGACAGCCAGGAGAACUCCGAUGCUGAGCUCAGUAGCAGUGAAUACAUCAGAACAGAUUUAGACACCUUGGACAUGAAGGGCCAGGAGUCAAGCAGCGAUCAGGAACAGGUGGAUGUGGAAUCUAUUGACUUUAGCAAAGAGAACAAAAUGGAAAUGGGUAGUACAGAGCAGGCCAAAAAUGUGCUUCAGUUCACCGAGGAGAAGGAGGCCUUCAUCUCUGAGGAGGAGAUCGCAAAGUACAUGAAGCGUGGUAAAGGGAAGUAUUACUGCAAAAUCUGUUGCUGUCGGGCCAUGAAGAAAGGCGCUGUCCUGCACCACCUGGUCAAUAAGCACAAUGUCCACAGCCCGUACAAGUGCACAAUUUGUGGGAAAGCGUUUCUUUUGGAGUCUCUCCUUAAAAAUCAUGUGGCAGCCCACGGGCAGAGUUUACUUAAAUGUCCACGCUGUAAUUUUGAAUCCAAUUUCCCAAGAGGCUUUAAGAAACAUUUAACUCACUGUCAGAGCCGGCAUAAUGAAGAGGUGAAUAAGAAGCUGAUGGAGACUCUUGAGGCGCCACUGGAGGAGCCGCAGAUUUGAUUUUCAGACGGUGGCCCUUGCUCUACAGUGUUGCUUGCCAAACUCUUUUAGCUUGUUGAGUAGCCUAAGUGGCUCAGUAGUGUGUGUGUGUAGUGAGUGUAUCCUGUUUGUUUAAAUAGUGUUACAAAGAAUAAGUACUUGCAUAUUUUUUCAUAUGAUCUCUUGUUUAUGUGGCUGGCUAUUUUAUAAGUCAAUACAUUUUUGUUAUAGAUUCCAGAUGGUUAUAACUCAUUUUCCUUAAGCUUAUUUUAGUCAUAAUACAAAGAAUGGGUGAAAGUAGGCAGGCCAUUUAGUAAACAAGCAAGUUUAAACCUAAUCAGAGCCUUUGUCCUACCCCGUGUGUGUGUGUGUGUGUGUGUGUGUGUGUGUGUGUGUGUGUGUGUGUGUGUGUGUGUGUAACUGAUUUCAGAACAUAGAAAUCAUUAGAUGAAGGCUCAGUGGUAGAGCCUCGCCUAGCAUGUUUUGCAUACUUAUCAGUUUCUGAGUUCUGUCCUUAGUCCUUUAAAAAAAAAUAGAAUGUAUGAGAAUUGAGCAUGAAAAGUAAAUUUGAGAAAAAUUUGGUUUUUUUUUUUUUUGGUUUUUUGAGGCAGGGUUCCUCUGUGUAGCCCUGGCUGUCCUGGAACUCACUCGGUAGACCAGGCUGGCCUCAAAACUCAGAAAUCUGCCUGCCUCUGCCUCCCAACUACCGGGCUUAAAGGCGUGCGCCACCACUGCCCGGCUUGAAUCCUGUCUUAUAUCUUAUUUUUUCAUGUAAAAUUAGUUAAUAAAUCUUUAAUACUUUCUUGGUGUUCAUUAAUGUUUAUGUUAUAGAGCAGCCGUUCUCAACCUGGGGAUGGAAUGACCCUUUCACAGAAAGCACAGGUAUUGACAUUGUGAUGAUAGCAAAGUCAGUUACCUGAAGAAGCGUAUUGAAGGUCACAGUAUAAGGAAGGUUGAGAAUGCUGUUGAAGAGACUUGGAGUCUUAGGGCUGCUGGCUUUCUGCUGAUAGGACAGCUGUGUGGGUUUUUAAAGUUUGGUAUUUUCUGCAGGCUGAGAGGACCAUGUGAUGAAGGACAUUGAAGUCUUCCUUGUGAGGUCUUGCCCUGUACUUUCCUGCCAGCUCACAUCAACAGAUGAUCCUUAAUUGCCAAAUGUGUUAGUGUUUGUACCUCCUACUCUGGGCCCUACGGACUUUCUGUUGGGGCUCAAGACCUGAGUACUAAGCAGGAGCUGAAAGUCUUCCAGAUUCACAGUAAAAGGUUAAUAAACAGCACUGGUGUGGCAGCGGUACACACUAGACUCGGGCGUGGCUGCUUGGGAGCUGAGUUGAAGAGGGUUCUCUUGAGCUCAACGUGGGCAGCACAGUGAGGUCCUGCCUCAAAAAGCAUUCCUGUUUGAGAAACAUUUUGCUUUUGUUUCACAUGGUUUUGCCAUUGUAAAUACCUUGUAUGUCACUGUGGAUUAUUCUAACAUAUUUUGUUGAAUGUGUAUCAACCAAAUUAAAAAGGCUUUCAUGUUAACAUC